AUGACCAGAUUCUAUAAAGCCGAUAAAAAUGUUAAUCCUAGUUCUCACACGAUACUAUCAGAUGGUCACUUAUCAAAGGCAUUAAAACAAAAAAUGAAAAUACUCUCUAAGAAAUAUUAUCCCUUGGAAAUUGAUCCUUCUUUAACUAUAGCUGAGAAGGCUCCAUUAAUGACCGAAUGGUGGGAAAAAGCGCAUGAAUUGUUGAUCAAUGAACGGAUAACAGAAGAUGAUAUUGUAAAACUUGCAAAAGAAACUCCAGUUGAAAUGCGUCCAGGCCUAAAAGAUAUCAUUUUUAGGUGUAAAGAUAAUGAUAUCCCUUUUUUGGUCUUUUCGGCCGGAAUCGAAAAUAUAAUUGAAGAAGUUUUACGAUCGAAAAAUCUUUACCAUCCAAAUAUGCACAUUGUUGCCAACAAGAUGCUCCUUGAUCCUUCGGAAGGCAUUUUUAACAAAUUUGAGGAACCAUUAAUUCACGUAUUCAGCAAAUCUGAGAUUAUGAUCGAAGGAACUCCCUAUUAUUCUACUUUAAUAGAAAAAAACAAUGUCAUAUUACUUGGUGAUUCACUAGGUGACCUAGACAUGUCCAAAGGUAUCAAACAUGAUGUUCGUUUAACCAUUGGUUUCUUAAAUGUUCGUGUUGAUGAACUAUUAAACGAUUAUUUAAAUGCAUAUGAUAUCGUGGUGACGAACGACGGUUCAAUGGAUAUUGUAGCCAUUAUGAUUGCGUCUGGAAACUUGUCGUCAGAAAUGGUAGAUUUUUUUAUCCUUAAUCACUAUACUACUGGUCCAGCAAUUGUAUCAAAUAUCUUGCUGAAGAUCGAAGAUCUGCAGUUACGAUUGAAUGGACGCGAAAUUUUGAUUCAAAUAAAACGACUUGGGAAUAUUGUAAAACUAAUUGGGG